AUGUUCGAGCCCCAGUACCGUUUCAAGGCCGGCGAAACGACGAGAUCAUGGAACAGCGACAAGAACGCAGCGAGACGUCAGUUCCAGCCGCGGCCUGGUGUCUACCGGGCACGCGAAUUAAUCGCUGGGUUCGGCCCUUUGAUCGACACAUGCAUACACCGGGUGGGACGGGACCGGCCCGAAGCGACGCGCGAUGUGCUGCUCGACGGCCUGGCUGCCAUUUUAGCCACAUCGGGGCGAGAAUCUAGCCUCUCAUUGCGGCACGGGGCACAUUCUGAGAUGGCUGACCAGGCUGACACAAUCAGUGCGGCUCUUGUCGGCUAUGUGCGCGAGUCCCUGGAUUACGAGAAUGCGAACCCCAAGUUCAGCAUGACAAGCCACUGUGAUGGUCACUUAUGGACGCAGGAGGUGGUGGGAGAGUUGAUGGGUUCGCGGGGCGACUCGGUAGUCAUGCAGCUGUACAACGAAUGGUCGCACCGCAUCGUGCUAUUGCGAAACGCCCUUAUGCCAUUUGAAAAUUGGGAUGAGGUCCCUAUCGUUAUCGUGGCGGAAGGAUCUCAGGGCAUGCGCAUACUUGAGACGCCCUCUGACUCCUUCAUUAGACAUGUCCUCUCUGGUCGUCUUCCGCAGAAGGCCGUUGUAGACAUGGCAAAGGCUUUGACGGCGCCUAGUUUACCAUCUGGCGGCUUCGGAUUCCAGUACUCACAGGGUGUCGUCUUGCCAGCAUUCCUGAACGGUUCCUCUUCGCGUAGCCUACUACGCUACUAUCCAGCCCGAGAGACUGCCUCAGCGUCUGAAGUCUUGUUCGACUACGAAUACGCGUUGUACGACAAUGCUGAGAAGAGCGAAUUACCUCCGGAGACCGCCAAGCUGUCGCAGGGUACAGCUGAGUCUGCCACAGAUGUGUCCAAACUCAAGAGUCGCACCAUUGCAGGCACUGACGGCUCCAGAGCUCAUCUCCGGAUCGAAUUGGAACUGCGAGGCCAUCUUGAGGCAGUAUUCCCUGUUUGUCUGGGUCAGAUCGCUCGUGGUUGGCGUUAUGCAAGCCGGGUUCCUAGGAGCAACGGUCACUACCCGGCAGACCCAGGACAUACACUGUUUCACAGGGUGGACGACGCCCUCGCCUUACCAGGUCUGGUAUUCUCAGCUUUGGCAUCGGAGCAGCACGAUGACACCCUCCAUGUUUUUCCUAUCUCCGACCCUUUACUUGGCCUCGCGCUGUUUGGGAAGCUCUACCCGGGCAACGUCGUGUCGUUGAGCGGUGUUGACGACUUUGCCAGCACCUUGCAAGCAGGUAGAGGUUUCGGGACGAAGUUCGUUCAUUGGCAGAGGACCUAG